AAAGGACUAAAANAAAGAAAUUUCGUCCCAUGAAUAUGCAUCGAUCAGUCAACAUACAGAACUCACUCCCCGAUGAUAUUGCCCUCAAAAUAGCUUCAUCCCUUCAGGUUAUCGAUUUGUGUUCUUUGGGAAGCUGUUCAAGGUUUUGGAGAGAUUUGUGUGGUUCUGAUUGCGUGUGGGAGGCUCUAUCCAAAGAGAGGUGGCCUCAAUUUACUUCUCAUCAGGAAAUUGACUCCAAUUCAAAGGGAUGGAAGGGUUUUUACAUAAGCAAACACAAUGAGAUGGCCGGAAAAGCAGCCUCCAUAGCAAGUUUCGUGGAAAGAGCUCUGGCUUACGAGUCAAUUGAGGUCGGAAAUUAUUUGAAAGCAAUCGAGCUACUAAAUUCACUUCAGUUUGGGUUUGAAGACAUUCAAAUGUUCUUUCUUAAACCUCAGCUGAACGUGCUUCUGAACUUGGUCGGCUUGCACUACUGCAUCAUAUGGCUUGAUGUGCCGGCAGAGUAUGUGAUAGAAGCACUAAAUAGCAGCAAGGUCUCGGAAAGAGAAGUGUGUGUCCAGUGGUGGAAGCUCGGCCGGUGGUUUUACGGUUUUCGUUUGCGAGACGAGUUUCAUUCAAGAAACUCGUCUUUAGAAGCUAUUGCAGUUUGUAAUGAAGAAGUGCUUGGGGUGCUCAAACGUGGGGCCGUGCACGAGGUCAUUCGUGUUCAGAUAUCGGCUGCUAAGCCGACUCACAAAUCCUGGUCUUGCCAAGUUGCCCAAGUUUGAAGAAAUUCAAUGGGUUCAAUGUCUCAACUGUGGAUGUAUAUAUAAGUGUGUGAAGUGUUUGUUGUGAUUGAAUUUGUUUUGUGAAUAUAAUGUUGUAAGGGAAGUGUUUUCCUCAUUUGACAUGGGUUGUGUAAAUAAAUGGAACUUGUUUUGGUCAAGACAUCAUAUGUAAAAAAACCAAAUGUUGUUAAAGGCUAUGUUUGGUAAAACUGGUUGAUAAGUUAGCUUAUAGCUUAUUUAGUUAGCUUAUAUGAUAAAAGUGUU